AUGGCUGAGCAGCUUUUCCUGGCCAUCGUUUCCUGCGAUGCGAGACCGAUGGAGCUGCACUGUGCUGUGGCGCUGGGUAGUGACUACCGGCGGAGCCGGGUGCCAAUGCCUUUAGCCGACUGCUUGCAGCCCUGGCAGGUGCCUCAUGUCUUUUCCGUUUGCACCGUGGCCAUUCUGUUUGGGGAGACCGGCCUUGGCAAGUGCUCAGUGCCCAUCAUGAGCUUAGGAAAGCACAAGAACACCACCGUGGACGAGUGGUAUCAGGUGGAUCCCGAUCCCGAUCUGGCGGCGCUGGGUGGCCUUCCUUCCGGCCCCCGGCUGCGGUUGGUGCUGCACCUGCAAACAGGCGAGGAGGCGACGACGGCAGCGCCCAAGAGCUUCGUGCAGCGCUGCACGCAGCUCCUGGAGGCGGCCUCUCCACUUCCCUCGCCCCGCGACUUGCCGGUCGAGACAUCGGAUGUGCAGCCAGAGGAGGAGCCGGAGGAGGAAGUUGAGCUUGAGCUGGUCCAGUCGAGCCCAGCAUUGGGGACAGAAGUCGGAGGAGCGGAGGCAGCUGAGGGGCCGACGCCCGAGGCAGCCGAGGAGACGUGGGGUGCAAAGGCCUACGACGAAGCCCUGACACAGCUCUUGGCACAGAAGGAGGCGCUGGAACGGGAGCAUACCGAGCUCAACAGUUUUGCAUUGGACAGCUCUGGGUAUCCAGUCCUGGCUGAGAUGCGUGCCGAGCAGCGAGCGAUCUCCUCCUCUGUGGAUGAGCUGCACUCGGAGGUGCUGGAGUUCACGGCCGAGCUGAAGCAGGCUCAAGCCUUGUCCUCCACACGCUUGGCCACUCGUCGAAGACUUCAGGUCUCGGGCGAAGAGGUCCACAUCGUGGGAUACGGCUCCAAGCGUUCCAGGUCCUUCCAUCCCAAGUGCGAAAUGAGUUGCUCCACGAACUUCAAGGAGGAAGCCACAGAGCACCGUCCGAGCCAAGAAGAGACGCGUGAGACGCGUGAGACGGUGAUGUGUCGAGAUGAGCCGAUGAGCCACGCGAGCGAAGCCUUGCGUCAGCAGCGCGCCCAGCUGCGCCGCGAGGCCGUGGAGCUCGGGAAGAAGCUUCAGGCCUGCGUGAGCCAGGCCGACGCCUUGGUCUCGGAAAACCUGCGGCUCCGCACCGAGUCCGCCGAGCUGGAAGAGGCCUUCUCGAUCUCGGUCCCCCAGACAGGAUUCUGCGGCACGUAUGAUCUUUGUGAGUUUGGGCGAGACGAGGACUUUUGCAGCAGCUCCUGCUACAUCGGCGCCAGCAAGGGCAUAGAGGCUUUGGACUGGGAUACCUCCGAGGCUGCCUGCUGGCUGGGCGGCGAGGGCUUGGACCGAUGGAAGCGGCAGCUCGUGUCCGUGCUUCGCGACGGUCAUGCGCUGCUCACCACGCUGAACGAAGGGGUGUUGCGGCGGGUUGGAGUGCCUAAGAGGAAGGCGAAGGAAGUCAUGCAGGACGUGGAGGACCUGCGGCGUGGCGCUUGGUCGCAGCCGGAGCCACCCUUGAAGGAAGUGCCCCUGGUCACUGUCGCCGAGAUGGGCGAGCGAGCCCGUCCAGGCCUAGGCUGGCACUUGGUGCUGAAGGACGACAGCCUUCGAUCCUACGCCUCCCUUUGCCGCAACGCCGUGCCGCAGGACAUGGCCUGGAGCUGGUUCGAGCAGCUUCGGACACAACUGCCAUGGCAGGACCUCUCCGAUUCGCGGUACCAGGAAGAGGGCAAGUACAUGCCGCGCAGGACGAUCUUUACCGUCUUCAACGGGUGCAACUGCACCUACAAAUAUUCAGGUGUCGCAGUGAAGCCGACCAUCGAGCCACCCUUUGUGGCACGGAUUCGUGAGUAUUGCGUGGCAGCCAGCGGCCUGGCAACGCAGCCCAAUUGUUGCAACAUCAAUCUCUAUCGAGAUGGCCGUGACUCUGUCGGUUGGCACACAGAUGACGAGGAGCUCUUUGAGGGUGGCUACAAUGACAUUUGCAUUUUAAGCCUCUCCUUGGGCGCCACUCGAACCUUCGAGGUGAAGCACCAGCCGGGCUUCGGGGUGGCCCGGGGCAGUCACAAGGGCCCAGCAGAGACCUCCUUCGCGGUUAGGAACGGGGACCUUUGCACGAUGGAGGGGAAGUUUCAACGCCACUACCUCCAUGCCGUUCCAAAGGAGCCGCAGGUGCGUCAAGCCCGGAUCAACCUGACUUGGCGCUGGAUCACCAAGCACAAUCAGGUGGAUGGGUGUCCCCUUUGCGGACCUGGGAAUUCGCGCGCACCCCUAACGCCCUCCAUUUGCUGA